UGCCAGUGGUGUCACAUGGCCCAGCGCUUUUGAAGAUCUUUAUGUGCUUAGGACUAGGUACUCUUAUGUAUUAGGUGCUCAAGAGUUGUGCUACCGAUUAUAACUGUUGUUAGUAUGGCAGAUCUGAUUGAGGAGCCUAAUUGUAAAAGACCACAUUUAGGCAAUACACCUACAAGUCAAGGUACAAAUGAACAUGACAAGUUUGACUUUCUAAAGAUGACAAAGCUUGCUGCAAAUAUCAAGAGUCUCCAAGAGAGCAUCCAAACAAAGAAACACCAAAUUAAUGUAUUAUACACUAAACUAGCCCAAGCCAAGUCCGAGUCACGUCAAUUACGUAUAAUGCAGUUUGCCUCAGACAGCAACACGCAGUUGAAUGAGUACAAACAAGAAUUGGAGUCUAAAAUGACAGAGCUAACACAUUUUCAUGGCAAUUUUAGAUUCAGUGUUGAGGAAUCUUGCAAGUUGUCUUUUUGUCUUGUUGACCUCAUUUAUCCAACCAUAUUGGAAAUAUCGGUCGUUAACAAAGAUAUGAGAGCCAAAAUUUCGCCAAGUAUCUUGCCACCAUUACUAACGCCGGUUACUACAAAAAGUCGUGAUGCCAGUGGUGAGUAUAAUAUGCUAGCCACUGGUAAAUAUAUACAUUUUUUCAACAACGUUAUAGCUGCAACAAAUGUUCGUUCAUCUCAUUUUCAAAGACUUUCACCAAUAAAAACUGCAGCACCGAAUAUAGAAGUUACAUACUGCCCAGAAUUUGUUCCGCCGAAAUCGUUCCUUGCAGAUUGUGACAGUAAAGAAUUGGUGACCAGCAUUUUAGUGGAUGUUAUACCGCAACUGUUUGCCCUACUUCCUUCUUUAAAGACAGAAGAAGCCAUCAAGGAUGCUUUUAUUCAAACUACAUGUAUGUGCACAGAUGUCCACUUUGACACAUUAGCAGUGAAAGGUCUGAAAGCCAACAAGAAUACACACUUUGUGCGUUGGCUGAAGGUACACUAUGGAAACAAGUUUAUCAUUAAGGACAAUGAGUGUUUGACAGAACUACCUGUGACACUGCACCAAUCAUCUCGGCCUGACUUUUGUCUUUUCCCCAAAUCAAAUAGCUUUUCUGCAGUGUCUGUAUCAACCCAACCAGAAGAGGAUGAGGACCCUGAGCAGAUUUCCAUAUCAUCAGAAGAGGAGCUGGAGGGUGUUGAAGAAGAGGAAUAUAGUAAAAAGCAAAAGGCUCAGGCACUCGCAAAUAUGGUUGCAGUUGCGGGAUUUCUUGUAACUAAUGCCAUCUUAAACGAUAAAAAGUUCCAUAAAAUUACUAUUUAUGGACUACAGUGCUGCUAUAUAGAUGACUGUGCUUCGUUAAUGAAGUUAGUUUUAGAUUUUGAGAAGAAGGCUUCAGACCUAUUUGAAUAUAAAGGCACACAGCGUAUUGGAAACCAGAUUGCACGGGUCAGUGCAAUAAUAGAAAAGGAAAGUCAACUGUAAUCUUUGCUUGAGUAACAGUUACCUCAGUGUUAUUAUUAAUAUUAUUGUAUAUAAUCAAGUUAAACCAUAAUUAUUAUCAUUAUUGUUACCUCUCUAUUUCACUCUUCCUUUUUAAAUAUUAUUG